UGCCCCCCCGUCCCCCCGGCACGUGCCUGCCCGCCCCCGCGGGCCACUGCCGCGCCCCGACGGCCCCGGCAUGGACGCGCCCGGCCAGCGGCCCGCCAGCCCCCGAGCCGGCCCGGAGGGCGCGGCUGCCGAACGGGACCCGAGCACAAACCCCAGCCCGAACCGCGGCCCGGAGGCGCCCACCCAGGAGGAGAGGGAGGCGGCGUACGUGGAGAUCCGCGGCUCGCCGCAGGGGCCGGAGGAGAGCCGCCAGAAGCCCGAGCUGGCCCCGGCCGGCGGCGCGGAGGGAGCGUCCGGUCCCGCACCGGAGAGCGGAGCCGGUGGGACCGGGGAUGGCGACUCGGCGAGCGGCGGACCCCCGGGGGAGGAAGCGGGGCCAGCAUCCUUGGACCACGGGCGGGAUCGCCCUCCUUCCCCGGCGGCGGCGGAAUGCGGCGCUGACGCCGGCCCCGGCUCCGUGGAAGCGGCGGGGAGCGGCGGGACGCCGGAGGCGGGGGGCUGCCCGGAGUCCUCCUCCUCCUCCUGCCCUUCGCCCGUGACCAAGGCGGACGACUUUCCCUCCGUGGGCGACCCGGUGUCGACGGAGGGCAAAACCUCCUCGUCGUCCUUCGGCUACGAAAGCGAAGUGGAGGAUGAGGUCGCGGGGCGCAAGGCGACUCCCCCCGGCGCCCCCCCGGGCACCCCUCCCGGCGGCGGCCGCGACGAGGCGCACUAUAUCAGCACGCAGGAGAUCCAGCUCAGCGAGGUGGACCACGACAUGGACUUCGACGCGGGGCUGGCCGCCCGCUGGGACUUCGAGGAUAACAACGUGAUCUACUCCUUCGUUGACUACGCCUCCUUCGGGAGCGACGAGACCCCGGGGGACACGCUGACGGAGGAGGAGGAGAAUAGCUGCUACCUUAGCACGACCACCAGCGACCCCAACAACCAGACCGACAGCAUCGACAACACCAGCAGCACCGAGAUCGUCAGCCUUACCUCCGAACACGACACCCCCGGCGGGGACAAGCGCGCCAGCUCGGGGGAAAGCCGGUCCAAGCAGCCCGGCCGCCCCGGCGGGAGCCCGGGCGCCCAGCUUCUCCUAUCAAUCAAAGCCGCUUCCCGGGCUAUAAAUGAGUCUAGCAACGUGCACGGAAAGCAAAACACUGUUUACGCUGCCAAGCAUGAAGGCGACAUGAGUCUCCGUGUCGCCGCGGCUCCCGACCGCAGUGCGAGUUUAAAACAGGAUGCGGUCCGCGACCACGCGAAAAAGUUCAUCGCGGUGCCCGCGCGGCUGCAGACGCGGUGCGGGGCCGCCAGGGCAGGGGAGCACUCGAGCGGCGCCUCCAGCGCCGUCAGCGAGCUGGACGAUGCCGACAAAGAGGUGCGAAACCUUACGGCCAGGGCUUUCCGCAGCCUGGCGUACCCCUAUUUCGACACCCUGCGCCCCGGCUCCCGCGCCUCCUCCGCCUCCCUGUCCGACAAUGCCCUGGGCAUCAACCGCUGGUCCACCUACCUGGACCUCAAGUGCGGCAGCCUGGGGCCGAGAGCCGAGCCCAGCCUGCUGCGCUCCGGCCGCUCGCAGACCAAAGCCCUCGAGUUCGUGGUCAGCAAGCUCGACGGAGAGAUCGCCCACGUCGAAACGCCGCGGCGGCUGCGGGCGGGCUCCCGGGUGGUGACCCUGCUGGACCUCGGCGAUGCCGCCGAGGCCGGGGAGCCGCCGGCGGCGGAGGGCGGCGGGAAGGGCUCCAGCAAGAAGUCCAGGUUCGCCUCCAGCCUCCUCAAAAACGUCAUCUCCAAGAAGAUGCAGCUGGAGCACGAGUUCAAGAUGGAGCGGGGCGAGAUCACCGACACCUCCUACACCGGGCCGGGCGCGGGCCGGGAGCCUGAACCCACCGGCGGCAGCGCCGGCCGGGAGCGGCAUCGGGAGGGUGGCGUGCAGCGGCAGAACUCCCGGCACUCGGAGGGCGGCUCGGACUGCACCGCGGCGCCGGCGGAGGAUGCGGGCGAGGGCGGCGGGGGCCGCUCUCCGGCCUCCAAGGCGUCGACGCCCCGCGAGGGGAACCGCAGCCUGGACCGGGCGCUGUCGGAGGAGCUGUGCGAGGUGAAGCGCAGCGCCUCGGAGGCCAUCAAGGCCACCUUCCUCCGCAGCCAGAACAGCGCCUUCAGGUCCUGGAAGGAGCGGGAGGCGGAAAGGAAGGAGGAGCGGGCGCCCGUCGGUAAGCUGAAGCUGUCUCCCAAGAACGACUGGCGAGCUGACCUGGGCGAGAUCUCUGCCGGCAAGUCCACCAAGAUGUCCCGCCUGUUCGUCCCCGCCAUUCAGCACACCCCUCGGGAGAAGGAUCCCGGCAAGAGGGCGACCAAGUGCUCCGCCGCGGCCGCCGCCGUGUCCUCGGCCGCCGCCGGCGCCGCCGCCACCUCGCCGCCCGCCGCCAAGCCCAAAGCCCCCGAGAUCAAGAUCAGCCUGGGCAGCGUGCAGCAGCCCCGGGACGCCGCUUUCAGCAUCGCCCAGCUGCUGACGCCGCAGAUCGCAGGCCGGCCGCCGGAGGAGGGCAGGGGGCAGCCGCUCAAGCCCCUCAAGGCCGGCGACGGCCCCGACAAAGUGCCACAGUUCCUGGUGCGCGACGUGAGGGACAGCAAGUACAGAGCGCAGGGGAUCCUCCACCAGGUGCGGGACGUGCGGAAGCUCAUCAAAAGCUCCUACAGCGCCGACUCGGGAGACAACAGCAGCGACAAGGGCAGCGGCGCCUCCGAGCAAGGCGGCCCGGAGCAGAAGCCCCGGCAGCAGCUGGUCAUCGCCGGUGUCCCCCGGUCGCUCUCCCCCGUGGUCAUCACCUGCCAGGCGGUCGGCCACACCGGCACCAAGCCCACCGAGGCGGGGGCCAAGGCGGCGGGCAGGGCGCCCGCCUGCCCUCCGGAGGGCACCGUGCUGGUGCACCGCACCUCGGGCAGGCUGCCAGUGGCCACCAUCGCCCCCAACAAGAGCGAUGCUCGCCAGCCGGCUGUGCUCAAGAUCGUUUCCAAGUCCUCCGCGCCCUGGCGGCACCAGCCGCCGCCGCCGCCGCCCCCCGAGAGGGGCCGGGGACCGGAGGAGGACCCGCGGGAGGAGAGCAAGGCAGCGCCGGUGCAGAACGCGCUGGAGAAGCUGACGGCGGCGGUGCGGAGCAUGGAGGAGCUCUACAGCUUCAACAAGCGCGAGUGGAAGCGCAAGAGCGACCCUCUGCCCAUCACCGACAGCCACGUCCUCUCCCUCAUUGCCAGCCAGGAGCGGGGCGCCGCGUCCCGGCCCGCCGCCGCUGCCGCUCCGCCCCCGCCGCCGCCGGCGGACAAGGCGGAGGAGCCGUCGGGCAAGGGUUCGAGCAGCGAGCGGCUGCCCCGCCGCCCCUCCAACAGCGCGGCCGACAAGGUCUCGGCCAAGGCGGCCGCCUUCGAGAGCCUGGCCCGGCAGCGGCAGCGCGGCCCGCCGCCGCCCCGCGCCGAGCCCUCCGCCGCCCCCCGCGCCCUCCUCACGCUCCGCGGGGCGGGCGGAGCCGCGGCCCCCGCGCCGGCCAAGCUCCCCGCCGAGGGCGGCCCGCGGGGCCCCGCACCGCCGCGCUCCCCUCGGCUGCCCGCGGGCGGCGGCGGCGGCGAUGCGGAGCGCGGCCCCGACUGCGGGAACUAUCUGUCCCUGCCGCUGAAGGCGGCCGCCGAGCCCGGCUCCCCCCCGUCCGCGGCGGCGGCGGAGGGCGGCGGCGUCCGCCCCGGCCCGGCCUCGGCGUCAGCGGCGGCGGCGGCGCUGUGCAGCCUGCAGCCCUUCGGCGCCGCCAAGCCCCCCGGCAGCCCCAGAGCGCCGCCCGGACCCCCGCCCGCCGAGGAGCCCCCCGCCGCCGCCCCGCCGCCCGCCGAGGGCGCGCCCGCCGCCCUGUACCGCCCGCCGCUGCCCUUCGCCGCCCUGCCCGGCGCCGCGCCGCCGCCGCUGCUCUGCUUCUCGCCCUCCGUGCCCGCCGCGGCCACAGCGGCCGAGCCCUUCCCGCAGACGCAGCGCAAGGUGCUGCUGGACGUGAGCACCGGGCAGUACUACCUGGUGGACACGCCUGUGCAGCAGCCCCUCAAGCGGCGCCUCUUCGACCCCGAGACCGGGCAGUACGUGGAGGUGCCGGUGCCCCAGCAGCCGGCCGUGGCUCCCGUCCCGCUGCCUCUCUCGCCCCUCGCCCUCAAUGCCGGUGCCUAUGGCGCCACGUACAUGCUCUACCCCGGGCUCCUGCCCGCCGCCACCGUGCUGCCCGCCGGCGCCCUGCAGCGCCCGCUGUCCCACUCGGGCAGCGAUGGCAGCGCCCCCGCAGAGCCCGGCAGCCCCGCCGCGCCAGAGGCGGCUUUCGCCGAGACCCCCUACUACGUGGCUACCAGCAAGGGCCCGCCGCCGCCGCGGCACGGGGCAGCCGAGGCGAAGCCGGUCAUCAGCAUCACAGCGCCGGCCACCGGCCCUCGCAUCGUCGCGCCGCCCUCCUUCGACGGCACCACCAUGCGCUUCGUGGUGGAGCACCGGUGAAGAGCGCGGGGAUAAGGAAGAAGAAUUAUGCUUCUUUAAUUUGAAAUACACUUGGUAACUCUUCAACAAUAAUCCUAAAAACUGCUUCUACAGUUUUCUCAAUUUUUUUGCUUCAUCAUACAAAACAAGCAUGUAAGUUUCUUGUUUUCUCCUAAAUGCCCCCCUGUUUUGGAGUAUGCCUACAUUUAAUGAUGUGAGCAGCACUAAGUUGCUGCAUUAGUUUGUGCAAAGUUCUUUUUGUGCUGAAGCCAAUCUGCAGGCUUUAGGCAUUGCCUCUGUGCUGGUAGCUAAUGGCAGUGAUGCCACUACAGCUGUUUGUAAAAUGCAGGGUGUAAAUGCAGCAGUGUUUCAGUGUGGAUCACCACACAGCUUCAUUCAGGUCUCUGGAAUGUGUUGUGAUGAUCCAGUGCAGCCCUGCAGCUCUUCAAAAAUGAAAUGAAGCCCUCAGCUCUCUCCUAUUGCAGUAAAUGAGGGUCUUCUGUAUAGGUUUUAGUCACAAUUUGCAAUCAGAUGGUUUUUUAGUACUCUCUGCUUCUCACUUGGAAUUGCAAAGGAAGAGAGCUGUAGUGGUAAAUUUAUCCUUAGUGUUUAUUUUUUGCCAUGGUUCAAAACCAACUGUGUAAAUGUCAGAAAACACAUUUGAUUGCUUUCAUUUUUUGUUUGCUCCUCUGUACUGUGUGUAAUAUCACAAGUUGCCUUAAUUAGGACAGCGUUUAAAUACUGGGAAACCAGAAAUUGAAUGUAAUAUUUUAAAAUCCUGGUUCUAAAGGAGAGAAGUGCAUUUAUUUUCCUUUAAGACUGCAGUCCAUUCUUCCUUAAAUUGUAACAUUGUUGAAAACAUAAUCCUAGUCACUGCCCUGUGAGAUUAUUUUUAAAUUUUAUAGCCUCAGUUUUUUCUUUAGCUGUUUGACAAGUUUAUCUGAGGGCUACAAUUACAAUUUGCUGAGAAAAUAUUUACCUUUCGAACAAAAAAAUAUGCAAUAAGAUUACUGACAGUGCAGUGAUUUAUAUGUCCAACUCUGCUCAAACUGAUUGUUUGGUUACCAGCAACUAGUUUGUCUCACCAAAAGAGAGUUGCUAUUAUGACACCAAAACUAAAAUUCAAUAGUCUGUUCCCUGCCCAAAAUUUUGGUUAAGUGAAGCGCUUUGGGAAGCAAAUAAAUGUAAGACCAAACCUAAAUUAUAUAACAUAAAGCUUUCUUGAGGUAACAGAUUAGAAUUUUAAAGUCUAAAUGCAAACCCCAAAAGUCUUUAUUUAAGCAUUUGCCCACAGGCAGGAUUUUUCUCCACCUGUUUUCAAGGCUUCCUGCAGCUAGGAAAGUUUCAGUGUUUCCUAUUUUUAAAAUAAGCCCUGGCUAUUCAUUUUUCUGAGUAACUCACGAGGUACAGAAAACUCAGGUAGAACUGUCUUUAACCAUAUGUGUGAGAUUGUAUUUCAAUGCAAUUUAUUUGUUUACAGGCACAAAUUGUAAUUGCCCUCAGGAUGAAAUGCACUGCAAGUGUGCGGAUAGCGAUUGAUUUCUCAUGUACCUUCUCACUCAUUUUCAUCAUUGUGGAAAUCCAGUGAAUAUUGUAACCCUUUUUAAAGAGCACAGAUUGUGUAAGGCUGAUCCCUGUGCUCCUCAGAUGUACAGCCUGCAUGACAAGCUUUAACUUCCCUCUGGGAUUGGGGCUGACUGCCUCUUAAAGGAGAUGAAUGCUUCUCCCCCUUUCUCAUGGCUGAUAGGUCCGUAGGUGUUGUGAUUAUAGUAUCAGUGUUAAAGAGAACCGUACUUGGGACUGCAGGACAGUGCAGGUACCGGAGUGGAUGGCUCCCUGUGACAUACACGUGUGCAGGACGUUCAGUAUAAUACUAGCAUCCCUGUUCCACAAUGUCCCUGUCCUACCUUUUCCUAUAUCGGUGCUCGGAGCGGAGUUUCCCGUUGCAGUUUACAAGAUAUAGGUUUGCACACACAACCUCAGGUUUACAGUUUCACCCGGUGUACUUGAAAGGGAAAAAAAAAAAGCAUAGAAAACAACUGCCCAGGAUUUCAACAUGUAUUUGUUGGAGGUAAAUUUUGCAGGGUUUUGUUUUUCACUGCCUGUGGAGAUGAAAGCAAUGAAAUGAGGGAAUACCAACAGCUAUUUAUUUUCUCAGGGGAGUUUACUUCAGUGGAAUGUGUCAAUCCUAAUGUCAAACAAUGUUUACUUGAUUUUGUCUAUUACUAAAAAGACUUCUUGUUUGCAUCAAGGGGUCAGUUUUGCAAGGUGCUUCGCUUUGCAAACCCAGCAAAGCCUUCACGUGCAUCUUCAACUCCAGAUACUUAAGCAGAUUCCUGGGGACUUCUGGUGAAAGGAUUUUUUUUCCUUCACUCAUCUAUGCAAAGCUUUGCUGAACUCAUCCCAGAGUGCUGAAUGCCUUGCAGACCUGAGCACCAGGUUCUUCACUUUGCAGAACCCGAGCUCUGGGCUUGAGUCAAGCCGGACCCAGCAGAUAAUGCCACAAAAGGUCACCAGAAAAAAGCUCUGCUAAUAUGGUGCUCUCCAUGUAUACCCAGUGGUGAAUUUCUCCAGUGGAUGGGGUGAUGUGUAAGCACAUAUCUUGGAUUAGAGUCAAGCCCUCCAUGUCAGGGCUCACAAGCUGCUAGUAUUAUAUGUUUCACGGUGCAGUCAUAGUAUGUUACAGCUGAAAUUCACCCCGUGUGCAAAGCAGGGCAAAUCCUGUGCACCACUCAAGUUCCCUCCCAGCCCCGCUGUCAGGGUUUUUAGGGCCGCACCAGCCAACUGUCCAUGCAUUUUAGGUCAGGAUCCAAUUAAAAGUUUGAGCGGGACUGGAGUGAUGCACCUGAAUGUUGUUCUGGUCUUUUGCAACAGGGUUGGCUUCACUCAGUAUCAAAUUAAGCGCUUGGUGAAUCAACUGGUGAAUGAUUUGAAAUUUAUUUAUGGGUUGUGUGGGGUGUUUUUCCCCCAUGUCUGUAUUCAAUGCUACCUUUAUUCUUUAGUGUUGAUGGCCAAAGUGUCAUUCCUUAUGCUCAUAUAUUGCCAUUAACUUGUGGCUACCUGAGAACACAUACUUCAAAAAUGCUCAUGCUUUUUUUCACCUAUUUCUUUUUUUUUAUUUCUCCUUUUUUUCCCCCGCCCCUUUCUUUUUCCUCUCCUUUUUAAAGGGGUGGGUUAGUUACCAGUGUAAAGAUAUUUAAAAGUGUAAAUGUGAGGUAAGGCUAAUGGUUGUUAAGAGGAUGUGGGUGGUAUGUCUGAUGAGAGAGGGGUGGGCUGUAAGCCAAAGGGGAAACCGCCGUGAACGCAUCGUGUUGAUGACUGUUGCCUGUGGAGGAAGAAUUAAGAAACAGAAGAUGUCUAACUGGAGAGAAAUGGACUCUUUGAGCUGCUCUCAAUGGAGACAACACUGUGGCAAGUGUGUAGCUGAAACCCAAAGUGAUCCCACUGCAGGGUGCCGUGGGCCUGGGAUUGAAGGACGGCGGCGUCGCUCUGGGAAUUGCACAGCGGGAACACUUUGGAGCGUCACAGCCACGUGAGAACAGAGCGUCUGAAACUGCCAAGUACCAAAGUUUGUAGCUGAAUGAGUUGGCAUUUGUAUUAUGUUGGGGUUUGUUUUUGUUUUUGUUUUUUCUCUUGAAUGUUAUGAUAAAUAAAAUGUAUUUUUCAGUAAAAGACACACUGCAA